GGUAACAAUUUCCCUUGUGAGAUCAAUAAGGUAUCUGUCUGUCUAUCUUUACAGUGACCAUUGUACCAUUACUGUAUCAAAAAAAAAGUUUUAUUAGAAAGUUCCUUGAUUGUUGUACUCAGAUGGAUUGGUGAAUGGUUCAAAAAGGCAGACAAGAACAAUGAUGGCAGGAUGAACUUUAAGGAAGUGCAAGACCUGCUGAAGAUGAUGAAUGUGGACAUGAAUGAACAUCAUGCUCACCACCUUUUUACAGUGAGAGACCUGUACUAAAUGUGUAUACUAACAAAGUAUACACAUUCCUGUGAUUUAAAUAUUCAGUAUUAAGGUUGUUUGGGUUCUGUUGUAAUUUUCUUGGUACUAGGAUUAGGAGAUUAUUAAAUCCAGUUCUUUGUAUUCUUCAACGAACAAGAAAGUCACGGCUCAAAGUGGUCUAACUCAAAAGAUCUUUAAUUUGACAUAUUCCAGAAUAUGGAUACUAGGCACACACAGCAACGCCAGCUCAAGUCUCAGGCAAAAACAGGAAGCUUGGUUAUUUAUAUACUUCAUCUAGACGUCACACACACUUUAAGUUUCGAUCAAACACUCUACUUAGUUUCACUUUCGGCUUGCAGCUCCUAUUUUUGCAAAAGCAUGCAGUUUCCUGUCAGCCUGCGACCUAGUUUUACACUGAAGUUUGGGCCUCUCAUAAAACAAUCUAAUCAGCAAAUAAGCAUUAAGAAUAUAUAUUUAUUUUUCAACAAGAUCUUACACUUUGAUGCAUCUGUCCACCUGGCUACAGUACACAUUUUUUGCCUCUUGUCUCAGAUGGCUGAUAAGUCCCAAUCAGGUACCCUGGAGAAUGAUGAGUUUGUGCUCUUCUACAAGAUGUUGACUCAGCGAGAGGAUGUACUGAAGGUAUUUCAGGAAUACUCUGUUGAUGGUCAGAAGCUAUCCCAAAGCAACCUGGAGGACUUCCUUAGAGAGGAACAGCUUGAGGGGGAUGAUAUCCGACUGCAUGCUAAGCAGCUCAUUGAGUGCUAUGAACCCUCGGACAAAGCCAAGCGCAUGAAUGCCAUGACAUUUGAUGGCUUUUUGAUGUACCUCGGCUCAGCUGAAGGCUCCAUUUUUAACCCACAGCAGAGGGGGAUCUUUCAGGACAUGACUCAGCCACUCUGUCAUUAUUUCAUCUCAUCGUCCCACAACACCUACCUGAUGGAGGACCAGCUCAGAGGACAAAGCAGUGUGGAGGGAUACAUCAGGGCUCUGAAUCGUGGCUGCCGAUGUGUUGAAGUAGACUGCUGGGAUGGUGCCAAUGGAGAGCCCAUUGUAUAUCAUGGACACACUUUCACCUCCAAGAUACUUUUCAAGGAUGUGGUUAGUGCAGUUGGAAACUAUGCCUUCAAGGUAGGAUCACCUGAGUGGGUUAUUUUACACUUUUAUAAGGGAAUAGCAGUGUUUCGGUUGAUGGCUGUCCUACAGCUUAAGCAGAAUGCUUUGCCUAAAACCUCUGCUCCCUGAGAAACAGAACAACGUACAAUGUAUUUAGUAUAGGAUAUCACACCCCCAUGUGUCCUGGCUGAAGAAACAUCUACUCAUACCUUUAAAGCAGAUGACCUGUAAUGGCGCAUGUGAGGCCCUGCCUGCACAUAUACAUCCCCGUCAUCACAGUCAUAAACCUCUUUUUUUUUUAUUCCAGACCACUCACAUGGCUUUACUCCUUACUAAUAUUCAUUACCUCCCUGUCCUUUGGAUAUUAGAGAGACAUCCCUCCGUGCUGAAAGAGAGAGCUGCACAGUAAGCUACAUGGAGAAUGUAACCCAUGGUGACUCUGAACCCAUUAAGAGGCUGCAGUGGGCUGUCUGUGGGAGCCACUCCACAAUCACUGGCGCACACCCCACUUUGCACUUAUUUAUUUGUAAAAAUGUUUGGAAUCAUGUAUGA